AUGACGGCCCUGUUUCCCCCUGGAAUCAGCUGGGAGCCUGCAGCCCCUCUCAGUUCCUAUUGCCCAGAGCCUGGAAACCUGGCAGGUGUCCGGCACAUCAUCCUUGUCCUCUCAGGAAAGGGGGGGGUCGGGAAAAGCACCAUCUCCACGGAGCUGGCCUUGGCCCUACGCCAUGCAGGCAAGAAGGUGGGGAUCCUCGACGUGGACCUGUGUGGCCCCAGCAUCCCCCGCAUGCUUCGGGCACAGGGCAGGGCCGUGCACCAGUGUGACAGUGGCUGGGUCCCCGUCUUUGUGGACCAGGAGCAGAGCAUCUCCCUCAUGUCCGUGGGCUUCCUGCUGGAGAGCCCGGAUGAGGCUGUGGUGUGGAGGGGCCCUAAGAAGAACGCGCUGAUAAAGCAGUUCGUGUCUGACGUGGCCUGGGGACAGCUGGACUACCUGGUUGUGGACACCCCACCAGGGACCUCUGACGAGCAUAUGGCCGCCGUGGAGGCGCUGCGCCCCUACAGCCCGCUGGGGGCCCUCGUGGUCACCACGCCCCAGGCAGUGUCCGUGGGGGACGUGAGGCGGGAGCUGACCUUCUGUAGGAAGACAGGGCUGCAGGUGGUUGGGGUCGUGGAGAACAUGAGUGGUUUCGUCUGCCCACACUGCGCAGAGUGCACCAACGUCUUCUCCCGGGGAGGCGGGGAGGCGCUGGCCAGACUCGCCGGAGUCCCCUUCCUGGGCUCUGUGCCUCUGGAUCCUGAGCUCACGAGGAGCCUGGAGGAAGGCCGAGACUUCAUCAGGGACUUCCCUAAGAGUCCUGCCUUCCCCGCGCUCUCCUCCAUAGCCCAGAAGGUUCUGAGCGGGGCGCCUGCUCGGCUCUCCUAA